GCGUCAUUAACAUGCGCCCAGGAGAUCCAGAGGAGAGGGGGAAAUGGUUGGAUUUAGCCUAAAAGGAGGUGAAAGGAUGGCGUCGUCAUUAGCGUCUUAUUGCACCUGCUUCCAUUUUGAUGGUUAUUAUUGAUCGUCGCAUGCAGCAGGGACACCUACAUAAGUCUAACCUGCGGUUGGUGUGUGUUGUUUUCGUUUUCAUGACCGAACGACAGCAGUAGCAGUAGCUUAGCUAUGUGUCUAACUCAGUUUUCAGCUUCGACGCUCCGCUGUGCGAUGAUAAUGAUAUAGCGAGGAGCCAUGCAGCCUAACGAGAGCUGGAAAUAAAUAGAACCGGUUCGGUUUCUCCAGGGCCUGAGGCGGCCGGAACAACCGUUUAAGCUAACAGCUGUUUGAGACAUGAGGUGCAGCUCCGCGUCGUCCUCCCCACUGGUGCUUGGUGCUUAGAUCCACUGUGCUGAAGACGCCAGAAGCUGGGAAGGAUGGCGCCUUAGAUGUCAUGACGUGGGAUCCUUACCUGAUGGGUGAUGAGUUUGGUGUGGUUCCGCCUUCAGCUGACUUUUAAACCCGGUCUGUGAUGCCUUCUGUCCGGCAUUUGUCUUUGUAAAAGUGAUAGUCAUGGCUCACUGCAAGGUAGAGGAGCAACAAUGUGACGCCCAAGAUAGUCCUCCGGUCGCUGAUGUGCAUUCCCGCUGUCUCAUCACAGAAGACGUUCAGUCUGAUCCGAUAAAUACAACAGUCAAAUCUCAGAAAACUGGGAGAUUCAGGAGGACCGCUUUGACGUUUUUUGGAGUUCGCAAAGGUAUCUGUAUUUUACCGAGCUUUUUUGGUGGGCGAAGUAAAAAUCAAAACAAAUGGCACUCAAAGAAAGGAAUUAGCAAAAGCAAAACCCAUGAUGGGUUGAGUAACAUCAGCCACACAGACCAUCUGGGAAGUGUGUGCGCCUUGACUGAGGCUUCAGAGUAUCACAGUCAAAGGGAAACUGCUGCAGAGCUCCAAAGCAGCUGUCACAACGAAUGUAGUCACUCUGCUGAUCAGCAGAAAUCACUGACACUCGGUCGACACAAAAGGGGUUUGAGAACUCUCUUUCAGAGUUUUAAGCAAAGCAGAGGUCAGAGAAAUGCCGGCUUGGAUACAACAGAGAUGAUUGCAAUAUCCUUUCCUCAGUCUGGGAGGGAGGGGCCUGCUGUCCAAGUCAGCCGGCCUGUCACUGAGUGCCUGGGAUCUGAACCUGAUGUGCCUGAUUUCACAGAUGUCAUGAAAUGUGACAUUUCCAUUGGUCCUGAAUGUAGCAGUGCUGAUGUGAUGCGAUUGGAGAACAGCGCAGAGAAAGAAAGACCAAAGUCUGAGCACGGCGGUCAGGAGCAGCAUGAUCUGCUUGAGGAAGCUGCUGCGGUGGCUGGAGCUUCCACUACUCACCAAGAGACCCUGAUAGAUUCUAGUGCACCAUGUGUGGAGCCUCAGAUGGGGUCUCCGUCUGCAUUGAAGUCGGAAAUUCCUCACGGCUCCUCAGAUGGGCUUAACCUGUUCGAAGAUGUUUCAUCGUUGAAGAGCUUUGAUUCGCUGACUGGCUGUGGGGAUAUCACUGCAGAUCAAGAGGACGACAGCAUCACAGACAGCACGGUGUCUGGAGAACGGAGCAGGAACGGAGGGAAGAGGGCUUCCUGUUACCUUACUUACCAAGGUGGUGGAGAAGAAAUGGCCUCACCUGAGGAUUUUGAUGAAACGUGCCUUCAGGAGUUUUGGGGAAACAAUGACGCAAUCUGCUGCACUUGUAAUCCAGACCAGACGGACACAAAUGAGUUGACAAGUUCUCACAAUUUGGACUCAUUGAACAGUAGCAGUGCUCAGCAGGCUGUUGGUAUAGUUGUUUCCUCAACUGCAGAUGCUCUAACUCCCCAAAGUGAACAUCAGGAGUCAUUUCCAAAUAGCGAUGAGGGUUACUAUGACUCAACGACCCCUGGACCACAGGAAGGACAGGAAGAAGGUGACGGGUUAAGAGCUGGCAGAUUACCCAGGGACAGUUACAGCGGAGAUGCACUCUAUGAACUUUUUGCGCCUGAUGAGAGUCUGAUCAGUCCUCAUUAUGAGAACAAAUCACCUCAUCCCAAUUCCAAAUCAAGCACCUUUUUGUCUGAGCCAGAGGAUGAGAUGGAUGCUGCUUUUGUUCCAGAAAUGAAUCGCUUGCUAAUAGGUGCCGAACUAUACGCAGAGAGUUUUCUAGAGAGGCCGGGCACGUGCAGUAAGUCCUUGGAGUUGACACAGAAAGUGGAAAGUCGACAGGAAAUCAGAGGGAAUCAAAACACUAAUGCACAUUCAAAACAAGUAUCGAUAAACAUGAAAGAUGCUGCAGUAGGCAUUUUUGGUGACACUGGAAAAGUGCUCACUCCAACCGAAAAGAGAACAAUAUCCACAAAUGCUGACUGCAGCGUAGCAUUUGGAAGCUCAUCUCAUCCAGAUUAUGAAACCUUUUGCAGACCUAAAGAGGAACAUCUUGAAGAAAACAAGCCUGUGGCUUUACCAUACAAAAACAAAAGUUCCUCUGCUGAAGAGAGCACCACCUUCCUGGAUGAUGGGCAGACAGUGUGUUUCUCACAAGCACUUGAAGAUUACACCAAACACACUCAAAUCCUCGGCAACAAUGCGGAUGAUCUGGACAGGAAUUCUGCUUUCACUCCAAACAUGGAGGCCUUACCCACCAUAGUGACGUUUGACGUGGUUGAUAUGCACAACGAGGGUGAAUAUGAUGAGCAGAUGCGCAUGGACUUAGAAGAGGACAUCUCCUCACCCUAUCAGGAGUUUGAGGAAAGCUACCUUCAGAAAGAUGGGUUUGCUGAAUGUGAUUAUCAGAUGUUUGAUUUGUAUGAACACAACCUGAUCAGUAACGCGUGGGCUGUUGCCAGUCUCCCCCGGCAACAUGGCGUUAUAGGAGUCAGCCAGUCCGUGCCUCACACAUUAACCCAUGAUAAGAGGAGCAGGUCUCUGGAUACCGAAGGUCCUAAUGUAUGCACAGACACCAGGGCGGCUGUUGCUUAUUCCUCUCAACUGGAAGAGGACUCAAGCUCUUUACCAUACAGCAAAAAGAACAUAGUUAUGUCGUCCUCAGAAGCUGGAAACGGUAAAGGAAUAAUGUCUUCGUCGUGGCAUCCCAGGACAGAUGAAGACGUCACUGUAAAAGUCCAAAGUCUAAGUUCUCAUCACUCCUCCAGCGGGGACUUCUUUGACCUUAAACCGCAUCAUCUUUGCACUACUGUGUCAGACGACACUAGCUGUGAUUUCAUGUCCCACAAUCCAGAUUCAAGCGGCAGACAGCGUCACUUCCCUGUGCUGUCAGACUCCUGUGGACCUCAGGGCACCCUGGUUUAUGCUGGAAUGACAGAGCAGGAGCUUGCCGAUCUUGGUGAUCGUGUUUUCUGUAACACUGCUCAUAUGAAAUCCUUUACCCAGAGCAGUAAAGGCCGAGCAGAAGGUGCGAGCCUUCCUCAGAGUCCUCUGAAGGGAGCUUUGUGUAAAGAUAAAACAUCCGUCCUCUGUGAAAGUCAAGCGAUGUAGUGUUGUUCUCUGUGGCUUGCAGCAAGCUACCUGAGGUAUCUCUAAACUGAAAGGAUUUGCCACAGUUUGGAUGACAAAUGCCAGCAAUCACUUUUUAUAUUAGUCCAAAGGAACAAAAAUUGCUGAUUUUAGUUUGCACAGACGCGUGUUUGGAGGAGCUGUCUACUCCGACGGGAAGUGGAGUUGAACCGCUUGAAUAAACUGACAAAUGAUGUCCAGAACGUCUGACUUUCUGCAUUUGUGCUGUACCAGUCUAUGUGCACGGAGGGCUACUAGAUGUAGAUGGAAAGAAUUUAAAGGAGCAGCUGUUUCAUUUUCCAUUAAAGUUCUCAUCUCAUUAAGCUACUGAAUUUGACAAGAAUGUUUUACCCACUUGUAGCCUUGAUAUUGAGGCCUCUUCACUGAUGCCACACUUGUUUGCGAGGGUCAUCAUCAGCCCGGCUUCAGCUGUACAACCGUGCUACGCCUGUUGCCUUUUGAACAUAUGAAUGCUUUUGCUUUGCCUUAAAUGUCAACUUGGGUUUGUUUUUACUGCAUUUCAAAAUUAUGAGUCCACAGCAGCGUUACAUCUAAAUCCAGGUGUUUGAAUUUUCUUCACCUCAUUGAAAAGACUUCUGAAAUAAAAGAUGCCCUGACUGGAACCGGUAUGACACUCUAUUAAGAAGUAACUGCAUUUUCAAUGUCAAACACGUCAGGCCUGAAAUGGUGAAUGAAGUUUGUAAAUCUGCAGUAAACUGCAGUAAUUCCUUCCUGCCUGUAAUUUCCAGCACAUCUUCACUUGAGUUUUUGUCUGUGACACAUUCUCUCCGUCAGCAAAUCCCGACACACCACAGGUGUUUUGUCCUCUUUCACUCAUCCACACAGACAAUAAAGCGAGUGGACCUUUUUAUUUCAGUCUUUUUUUAGCUGUCAUAAAAAAUAAAAAUUCAUCUAUAGGAAGAUGCCAUUUAACAGACCAGAGAUUCUUUUUUGGUUGUUUUGUUUUAUAACAGUUAUAACAGUCCUCUGUGGGUUCAGGUUUGAGAUGCACUAAAACAGUUUUAGCUCUUUUUAGUUCUACUUUUCCACCAUGUUCAUGGUAAACAACUAAAAACACAUGUAAAGGAGUUGUUUAUUGUUCCCACAUUUUAUCUCAACUGCAACUUUAAGUUUACAUUUUGAAGGUUUUUAGGGGAACUCAGAAUCAUUUGCAAAUCUUCUAAAACUCCCCUGUAUGGAAAAUAUCCGUUUUCAUAAGCAGUGAAACAAUACAUGAAUGAGAGAGAGCAUGUGAUUAUAGACUGGGAUUCCUUUUUUUUAAUUUUUUUUUUUGAGCUAAGAAAAACCAUGCUUUUAUUUUUGUUGCAUUUGUUUCUUUGUUCUGUUCUGUUUUCAAUUUGAAAUAGCUCCACCAACUAGGAAGUAAAAAGUUCAGAUGAAAAUUGUGCUCUUCAAAACUGCGUUUCCGUUAUUGUGAGGGAUGAACAAGUGGUUGGAUUUUAAAUUUAAGAUAAGCUAUUUUUUUUCUUUAAAAAUGGAGUGUUGUUAUUUUUCUGUCUGUAAUAUUAGGAAAAUGUCUACAAUUGUCUUUAUAGCCCUAGGUUCUGAUUUCUUGUAUCAUGUACAGUUUGGCUGUUACAAAUGGCAAAUUGGGUCUAAGUUUUCUUAUGAGUUAUUGUUUACUUUCACCUUAAACAUUUUCAAAGCUUUUGUCUGAAUACAACACUGCCUUACAAGAAAAUAAACGUGAUAUCAAGUAUAA